CCUGCAAACCAGCAUCUAAGCACAAGUGAUGAUGUCACAUCCGUUGUCUAGGUCCUUCAACACCUCUUUCAGCAGUUAUCAUUUUAUUUGUUAGGUCAAAAGUUUUUGUCCAAAAGGGCUGGAGCUGUUUUCUAAGGAUCCAUGCCUGCAAACUCCUUUACGAUGUGCACUGCACAGGGAGCUAGCUCUUCUCUGGAGUCUGGGCUCUGAACAACUUGCUGAAAGUGAAAGUGGCAAAGCUGUCUCGGCUGCUGGUGGAGUAAAAGGAGGGAGUGAGUGAGUGAAUGAAUGAAGGAGUAAAUUGCGAAACCGAUCAGCAACAGAAUGCAGGGGCUGUCCAAGGUUCUGAAUCUUUUGCUGCUUGGGUUGCUUUUGGAAUUGUACAGCUCUAAGACUCAAGUGAGCCCCAGGGAAGGUUGGCAGGUGUACAGCUCGGCACAGGAUCCGGAUGGAAGGUGCAUUUGCACAGUAGUGGCCCCAGAACAAAAUCUCUGUUCGAGAGAUGCAAAAAGUAGACAGCUUCGGCAACUCUUGGAAAAGGUUCAAAAUAUGUCUCAGUCAAUAGAAGUUCUUAAUCUACGAACCCAACGAGAUUUUCAGUAUGUUUUGAAAAUGGAAACACAAAUGAAGGGCCUGAAAGCAAAGUUCCGUCAAAUUGAAGAUGAUCGCAAAACACUCAUGACUAAGCAUUUUCAGGAGCUAAAGGAAAAGAUGGACGAACUUCUUCCACUGAUCCCAGUUCUGGAACAGUACAAAACAGAUGCCAAACUAAUCACACAGUUUAAAGAGGAAAUCAGGAAUUUAUCUGCAGUUCUUACAGGAAUACAAGAAGAAAUUGGUGCAUAUGAUUAUGAAGAACUUCACCGGAGAGUGCUUAGUCUUGAAACUAGACUACGUGCUUGUAUGAAAAAACUAACAUGCGGAAAACUAAUGAAAAUCACAGGUCCGAUCACAAUUAAGACAUAUGGGACUCGAUUUGGAGCGUGGAUGACAGACCCUCUUGCAUCAGAGAGAAAUAAUCGAGUUUGGUACAUGGAUGGUUACACAAACAACAGAAUUGUUCGAGAAUUCAAGUCAAUUGCGGACUUUGUCAGUGGAGCUGAGUCAAGAACAUACAACCUACCAUUCAAAUGGGCAGGGACCAAUCAUGUUGUUUAUAAUGGAUCACUCUAUUUCAACAAGUACCAAAGCAACAUCAUUGUUAAGUACAACUUUGACACUGGACGUGUGCUUGCCCAGCGAGCUCUUGAAUAUGCUGGCUUUCACAAUGUCUACCCAUACACCUGGGGUGGAUUCUCAGACAUUGAUUUAAUGGCAGAUGAAAUUGGCUUGUGGGCAGUGUAUGCCACAAAUCAAAAUGCGGGGAACAUAGUGAUUAGCCAGAUGAAUCCAGACACACUAGAAAUCAUACAGAGCUGGAGUACAGGAUACCCUAAAAGAAGCGCAGGGGAAUCUUUUAUGAUCUGUGGAAUUUUGUACGUUACGAAUUCCCACUUGACUGGUGCUAAGGUUUACUAUUCUUACUCCACAAAAACAGCUACAUAUGAGUAUACAGACAUUCCUUUUCAUAACCAGUAUUUUCAUAUAUCCAUGCUUGAUUAUAAUGCAAGGGACAGAGCUCUCUAUGCUUGGAAUAAUGGACAUCAGGUCUUGUUCAAUGUUACACUUUUUCACAUUAUUAAGACUGAUGAUAGUGACUAAUUUCAGUUGUUUCUACCGCAGAACAUUGACAGUUGUGGUAUCUUCAAAACAUCUUUUUUGUACAUAGUGAUUUUAUUUUAAUUUCAUGCAAUCGUCUUUUUAUAUACUAUUUUUCAUAGUAAAAAAAAAGAAAAAGAAACAGUGCAUAUUUAACACAGAAAUGGCUGUAACCUCUUAAUCGUGUCCUUCGGGGAGUGGAACAAUCUCAAAUAGACCGUGAAAGCUCAUUUACUUUUCCAGUAAAAUGUAUGUCAUAGUUAUUGAACACUGUUUUAUCUCACUUGCGGAAAGUAUCAUACUUUAAAAAUAUAAAGACUGCUUCAUUAUAUUAAUUUUAAAUAUAAAGACUGCUUCAUUAUAUUAAUUUUAUCAACAUUCUAUUAUCACUGUCUGUUUUCAUAUAAAACAGCCAUGUGGUAAUUCAGAAACUUUGUUUCCAUUCUAAAAUAUGAAGAAGUUUUACUUUCCUUGGGUUUAUUGAUACCAUAAAGCUUGUCGUAAAUACAGUGUUGUGCUGUAGGUUUUAAUCACUUGGAAGAACACUUAUUUGUGGUGUGUAAUUUCAACUGCAGCUGCUUUGUUUCUGCAACUGUAUCACAUUUCUACAGCAACAUUAAACUCGGUAUUAUUUUUUAAAAUACA